AUGACUAUCAAUAUGGCUGCGACCAGGGCUGAUGACCGAAGGCUUAUGGUGAACUGCGAUCGCGAAGAAGAGGCGAUUAAGAACGAGUCUAUUUCAUCCUAUGAGACAGUCAAGUAUUUCAACGCUGAGAAGUACGAACUGGAGCGGUAUGUCGACGCUAUCAAGGCAUAUCAGAAAGCAGAGUACAAGGUGACAUGGGGUAUGAACAUGAUGAACAUCUGCCAAGCCCUGGUUUUCCAAACCGGCCUUCUGGCAAUCAUGACCCUUGCAGCAUACGAAGUUGCCCACGGCAAAAGGGAUGUCGGUGACUUUGUCACAAUUACGACAUACAUGAACCAGCUCCAAGGACCUCUUAACUUCUUUGGCACGUUCUAUCGCACAGUUCAACAAGCCUUGGUGUCGGGAGAACGACUACUUGAGCUUUUCAAGGUUAAACCAACUGUGGUUGAUCGGGUUAUCGAGAUAGAUGGGCAUGAUGUCAAGGACGUCACUAUCGACUCAGUUCGUCGUCAUAUUGGUGUUGUACCCCAAGACACUGCACUUUUCAACGAGUCCUUGAUGUAUAACCUCAAAUAUGGCAACCCAAGCGUGUCAGAUGAAGAGGUAUAUGAGGCUUGUCGAGCAGCCAGUAUUCAUGAUCGCAUCCUGUCCUUCCAAGAUGGUUAUGACACUAAAGUCGGGGAACGUGGAUUACGGCUAAGUGGUGGUGAGAAACAACGUGUAGCGAUCGCUCGAACCAUGCUCAAGAAGCCUAAAAUCAUCAUGCUUGAUGAGGCAACAUCUGCGCUGGACAGUGAGACUGAACAACAAAUCCAGUCUGAGCUUAUCACUGGCCAGUUGGGCAAUGACCGGACACUAUUGAUUAUUGCUCACCGAUUGUCUACGAUAACACACGCGGAUCAGAUUAUCGUCCUCCAUGCUGGUGAAAUUGUCGAGCGCGGAACUCACAGUGAGCUACUCGCUGCAGGCGGCAAAUACGCCUCUAUGUGGGAGAAGCAACAUCUCGUCUUCGGUGAUCCUUCAGAGCAUGCCUAG